AUAUGGAUCAUCUUUGGAAACUUGCUGCCGAGCUGUUUGUAGAACAAAUUGCACCAACGGCUAAUCCAGUCAGAAGUUUAGAAUACGACUGUGGUGCAUGCGAUAUCACCGCUAUAUUAGUAAAGAAUAGCGACUCAGUAGACAGUAAGCCAGACAGCGAACCGACUAAAAUGCGUCCGACUCAUGACAAUCUGAUGCGUCACCUAAAGCCCGGGAGGAUGACUAGUUUGGCAGAUCGAAGUAGUUUCGAUCUCUUAAAGAAAUUGGACGAUAAAAAGACGAACUGGCAAUAUAGACGCUCCAGAACACAGGGCUGCACACUGUUUGGAUCUAAGAUUCCAGAUUAUAUGAUAGACGUCGAGUUUAUAGGUGUGAAGAAAACCAGGCUUCCUAAGAAGGUGUUCCUUAAACUAAUAGCCAAUGAGAAGAUUGAUUGCAUAACACCUUUCCUGACAAGAUGGAAGUCGUUUUAUGUUGUCACCAAAGUUUAUAAAGCGGACGCAAUCAAAUUUCGAAUUGUCGUCGGUGAUCGCACAAGAGUCAUUUCGAAGAAUGGGAUACAGUUGGCAUUUGAAUACACAAAAGUCAAUAUAACACCGCAACGGAAAAUGGACGUUUUCAAAGAUGAAGAGAACGUCGAAGGGCAACUGUACCUGGAAACACUGAGGCAAGAAGGCAGACUACAGAACUUCUACGCCUCGCCUCAUAAAUCUGUUGUCGAGACUCUUCAAAAUGCAUUAGACGACAUUGACAAAAAGGCACACAAAGGAGGACCUUUGCAGUCUCCUGCUUUCGAUGUUGAGUGAGAUGGUGCGUUAUGCAGAAUCCUUACAACAGGAGGAAUUUUACAUAAUUAGAACUUUACCAUAACAAAUGGUGCACAUCAAUAAAGAAUUGCCUUCAAG